GCGAGGGAUCGUGCGGGCGGUGCUACUGGCGGGAGGAGUAAAGAUGGCGGUGCAGGGGUCUCCGCCUUCUGCUCCCGGCUGAAGCGCUCUGAGGGAAGCCGCAGCGGCAACUGGGGCAGCAAUAGCGAUCCAGUGGUGGUAGUUUCAACAGCAGCUGCUGAGGCUGGAGCAAUGGCGGAGCUGGAGCACCUGGGCGGGAAGCGGGCAGAGUCCGCGCGAAUGCGGCGGGCUGAGCAGCUUCGGCGCUGGCGGGGCUCGCUGACAGAGCAGGAACCCGCUGAGCGACGAGGCGCGGGGCGGCAGCCGCAGACUCGGCGCGGGAGCCCCAGGGUCCGCUUCGAGGACGGUGCUGUUUUCCUGGCCGCUUGCUCUAGCGGGGACACCGACGAGGUGAAAAAGCUUCUGGCCAGAGGUGCCGACAUCAACACGGUCAACGUGGACGGCUUGACAGCCCUGCACCAGGCCUGUAUUGAUGAAAAUUUGGACAUGGUGAAGUUUCUGGUGGAGAACAGAGCCAAUGUAAACCAGCAGGACAACGAGGGCUGGACACCCCUUCAUGCAGCAGCUUCCUGUGGCUAUCUCAACAUAGCAGAGUAUUUCAUUAACCAUGGAGCCAGUGUGGGUAUUGUGAAUAGUGAAGGUGAAGUCCCCUCUGACCUCGCAGAAGAGCCUGCCAUGAAGGAUCUUCUUCUGGAGCAAGUAAAGAAGCAAGGAGUUGAUCUAGAGCAGUCAAGAAAAGAAGAGGAGCAGCAGAUGUUACAGGAUGCCCGCCAGUGGCUCAACAGCGGGAAGAUAGAGGAUGUAAGGCAGCCUCGCUCAGGGGCCACAGCCCUCCAUGUGGCUGCUGCCAAGGGCUACUCUGAGGUCCUCAGACUUUUAAUCCAGGCUGGCUAUGAACUCAAUGUUCAGGAUUAUGAUGGCUGGACUCCCCUCCAUGCUGCUGCACACUGGGGAGUGAAGGAGGCUUGCUCCAUCCUGGCAGAAGCACUCUGUGACAUGGAUAUCAGGAACAAACUGGGCCAGACACCAUUUGAUGUGGCCGAUGAGGGUCUUGUGGAGCACUUGGAGAUGCUCCAGAAGAAGCAGAACGUGCUUCGAAGUGAAAAAGAGACACGGAAUAAGCUCAUUGAGUCAGACCUGAACAGCAAGUUGCAGAGUGGACUCUUUAAGAACAAAGAGAAGAUGCUCUAUGAGGAAGAGGUACCCAAGUCCCAGGAAAUGGAGGAAGAAAGCAAAGAGUCUAGCAGCUCCAGCUCAGAGGAGGAGGAAGGUGAAGAUGAAGCUUCUGAGUCGGAAACUGAGAAGGAGGCAGAUAAAAAGCCAGAAGCCAUUGUCAACCAUUCCAACUCUGAAAGCAAGAGUAUUAUCACGGAACAGAUACCACCACCAGCUCAGAAUACCUUCUCUGCCUCUUCAGCUAGGAGAUUCUCCUCCAGCCUUUUUAACAAGCCGGAAGAGCCCAAAGAUGAAUCUCCUUCUUCGUGGAGACUGGGACUCAGAAAAACUGGCAGCCACAACAUGCUGAGUGAGGUGGCCAAUUCGAGGGAAGCUCUAAGGGACCGAGGCUCUUCCAUCUACCGGUCAUCAUCAAGCCCUCGGAUUUCUGCUCUGCUGGACAACAAAGAUAAGGAGAGAGAAAACAAAAGCUAUUUUAGUUCACUAGCACCCCGGAAGCUCAGCAGCACAAGUGACAUUGAAGAAAAGGAGAACAGAGAAUCAGCUGUUAAUCUAGUGAGGAGUGGUUCGUAUACGCGGCAGCUGUGGAGGGAUGAAGCCAAGGGAAGUGAAACUCCACAGACAGUUGCUCCUUCUACCUAUGUAUCAACCUACUUGAAAAGUGCUUCAUUUGGUAGAAGUAGUGACCCCACAAGUCCCUACAUUUCAGCCAAUCGCAAUUCAUCUGCUACCUCACCCAUUACCAUUGGUUCAUCUACCUCUCGGGGCAGCAAGUGGCAACCUGCCUCUUCCUGCCCUGCACCAGUCAGUGCAAACACUACUGCAUCUGUACACCAUGGCAGGACUCCUUACAAAUCCCAGGCUGACUCAACAGCAGAGAAAACAGCAGAAAAUGUCUCUUCUAGCACCCCGCUCUGUGUGAUCACUAAUCGCCCUCCACCUAACACUGCCAAUGGGGUUACAGCUGCCACUCUGCUCUCCACUUCUGGAACAGACUCCUCUGUGGAAGCCAGGGACAAGAGGAGGUCGUAUCUGACUCCUGUACGGGAUGAGGAAGCAGAGUCUCUACGGAAAGCACGCUCCAGACAAGCUCGGCAGACUCGAAGGUCUACUCAAGGUGUGACCCUAACGGACCUCCAGGAAGCAGAAAGGACUUUCAGCCGGUCGAGAGCAGAGCGGCAAGCUCAGGAGCAGCCUAGCCAGAAGCCUGCAGUCACUGAAGGGCGUGAGGGAAGCUCAGAGAAGCAUGAGCUCUCAGCAGUCCCAGCAAAGGAAGCUGGCGAGGGCCGUCAACCGUGGGGCGGGAAUCUGGAUGAAGAACCUGUCUAUCGUCGUCUGAGGUAUCCAGCUCAGCCAGACAAACCCACAACACCAGUGUCUCCUUCUGCAUCAAGACCCUCUCUCUACACUAGUUCCCAUCUGCUACGGACAAGCAGACCUUCAGUCCCUGACUCUGAGAGUUCGGAGACAACCACAAACGCCGCAGCUGCAAAGGAAAUGGACAAAAAUGAGAGUGAAGAAGCAGAUGUGGACGAUCAGUCCUCUAACAGACUGUCCAUUUGUGAGAGGAGGCGGCACAAGGAACGACGACGAGGCACGGGCAUCAAUUUCUGGACAAAAGAUGAAGAUGAAACUGACGUCUCUGAAGAAGUGAAAGCAGCACUGGGCCGGCUCUAUACAGAGUUUAUACUCUAUACAUGCAGUUUUGAUGACUGCAUGGAUGACGCUGUUAAUGAGAUUGGGAGUUCAGGAGGAAGAACAUGUUUGCCGUGAAGAUAAUAUGUUUGCUUUUGGACAUGCUGACUUUGAGGUACCUAUCAGACUAAUGAAAUUAAAUAUUCUACAGGCAAUUAGAUACAUAGGCCUGAAGUGUGGGGAGGUUUGAGGGCUAGAAAUAAGGAUUUAGAGGGUAUCAGCCUGCUAGUAAUAGUUUUGAACUAUUGUAUGUAAAGGAUGAUAUUUUCCAAGAAUAACUUGUAGAGCAGUUGGUUCUCAACUUCUUUUCUUCCCCAUUGUUGUGAGGGAUGCACUCAUGUGAGUAACUGUUCAGUAUCACAAUGAUUCUGAAGCAGGAUGGGCAAAAGGAGCGCAUUCCUUAGGGGAGGCCUCUCAGAACGUUUGUGGGGUGCUAAGGAGGAUCACUGCUGUGAAAAAUGAAGAGUAGACAGUUUAGAACAGAUGCCGGACCACACCAGUGCUUAAGGGAUAAGCCGAGGAGAGAAGGUGCCCAUGAAAGAGAUCAGGGAGGAAAUGGUCAAAGAAGAAGGAAAGAAGCCAGGAAAGAAUAUGUUCCAUCAAACAAGGGAAUGAAUAGUUUCAAGGACUCAAGGUGACCGAAACUUAACUUCAUAUAGCUCAAGCAAAAGGCUUAUGUAACUGGGAAAUCUGCACAUUGAUCCAGGCUGGUGUCAGGCAUAGCUAAAUUCAGGAGGCUAAAACUUGGUCAUCAGAGUUCUGCCUCCUUCUCUGUGUAGACCACAGAGGAAGAAUAUCUUCUCUGUCUUAGUGUCCAUCUAUCCAAUUGACCCUGUGUGUCAGGUAAACUUCCCUGGACCAAUUUCUGUAGCCAGAGAUUAGACGGUUAGAGGGGCAAUGAAGCAUAGUGGUUAAGAGUCAACACUU